AUGCAUAUUUAUCGACGCCAGGCACGCAGCCUGGCCUGGUACGACGAGGAAGACGAACAGCCUUCCCGCAACCCAUUUAAGAAGUUCCGCAGACGCCCACAACGCAGGCGCUCUAUCCAACUAGAGGACCAGACGCGCAGCGUGAACGAUCUCUCCCUUUCAGAAGACCAGCGCCGGAAGCAGGACUUCAACAAUGACGGCCUGACUGUGCCCAACUACUCGAAUACAUUCCCACCAGGAACAGCCAAUAGUGAUCAGUUCACGGCAGCUAGCGCUGAGCGCAACGAGCCGUCGAUUGGUAGCGAGAACCCCAUCAAUGUUACCUCGGAGCGAGGGUUUGAACCGGAGGCUGAAGAAGGAAAUAGCAAGACUAGACAGCGGAAAGGUGUCUUGGAUCAUUUUAAGCGUGGAUCGACCGGAGAAGAACUGAAGGAUGAGACAGAGGAUGUCAAGCCCCAUAAAUUCACGCUUGCAUCGCAGCUGAGAGCUACUAUCUUCAACUCCUGGAUCAAUGUUCUCUUCUUUGCGGUACCGGUUGGUAUUGCGUUGUAUGCUGCCGAUAUGAACCCGGUUGCUAUUUUCGUGGUUAACUUCAUUGCCAUCAUUCCUUUGGCUGCUAUGCUCAGUUUUGCAACCGAGGAGAUUGCCUUGCGGACCGGUGAGACUAUUGGUGGUCUUUUGAACGCUACAUUCGGCAAUGCUGUCGAGUUGAUCGUCGCCAUCAUCGCGCUGGUGAAGAAGGAAGUCGUCAUUGUCCAAACUUCUCUCAUCGGCAGUAUGUUGUCGAAUUUGCUGCUCGUCAUGGGAAUGUGCUUCUUCUUUGGCGGUAUUAACCGCAUUGAGCAACACUUCAACGUUACCGUGGCCCAAACAGCUGCCAGUAUCCUUGCAAUCGCCGUCGCCGCUUUGAUCAUUCCUACUGCCUUUAGCUGGUCUGACGGUCAUGCGGAUAAAGUCGCGCCUCUGUCUCGAGGCACCAGUAUCCUUCUCCUCGUCGUUUACGCCUGUUAUCUCUUCUUCCAACUCAAGUCUCACGUAGAGAUCUACAACCGCCCCAGCCCAAAGGUCGAGAAACGCCGUCAGAAGGUUACUGAAGGCGAUACUACCCGCAACCUCGCACAAAUCGGCAAGAUGAGCGCCGGUACGAUGGGCGGUGGACAGGCACAACAAAUGCAGAUGCAAACUCCGGAUGACGAGCCCGAAGAGCCCCAGCUCUUAAUUUGGGUGGCCGCUCUUACACUUGUGGUUUCAACUGCAUUUGUUGGUGUCUGUGCCGAGUUCAUGGUCGACUCCAUCAGUGCCUUGACAGCAACCGGUAGCAUCGGCGAGACUUUCGUCGGUCUGAUUCUUCUACCCAUCGUCGGUAAUGCAGCUGAACACGCCACAGCCGUCACGGUCGCUUGCAAGGAUAAGAUGGACCUCGCCAUCGGCGUGGCUGUCGGAUCAAGCAUGCAGAUUGCCCUGCUUGUGCUGCCCCUGAUCAUUGUCAUCGGAUGGUGCAUGGGUGUUGAUGACAUGACUCUUUCGUUCGACAACUUUCAAGUAAUCUUACUCUUCGUUGCCGUUCUUCUGGUCAAUUAUCUAAUCGGAGAUGGCAAGUCCCAUUGGCUGGAGGGUGUCUUGCUUAUGACUAUGUAUUUGCUUAUUGCCCUUGCUGCAUGGUUCUAUUAG